CUUGCCCCAAAGACCAUGAACUCUUCUGAGAGCUGCAACAUAUCUGACUGGCUGAGGCUAGAGGCUACGGUGAAGGCCUCUGUGUACGUGGUGGCUUUCUCCAUCGCCACAUCUAUCACCGUGGUCAUUGUCGCUAUAGUGUCACAGAGUCUGCGGCUGAGGAGAGAGGUCCGGCUGAUCCUCCUUUGUCAACACCUGCUAUGUAUUUCUUCCUACUGUGGCCUGGGGGUUGUCUUCCAAGGAAUGAGGGCUUGGCUGGCCAAUAGCCCCCUGCUGUUGUGCUGGGUGGUGUUUGGGGCACAGCUGAGUGUGGGAGAAGGGAUCCUCCUUACUCUGGCCUUGAUGGCCCUCAACACUUACCUCGCCAUUUGUUAUCCCCUGAACUCUCCAUCCCUUGUAGACUCUGCCAAGUACAGGAUUCUAGCUGGGACCUGGACCACCGUCGUUCUCAAGAACGUUGGCUUAUUCCUCAUAGAGGGCGCUAGCACCACUCCAGCCUCUGUUUUCCAGUCUGCCCUGCUCUGUCCUGUGAUUUUGAAUGGCGCGCCUGCCAGAGUCAUCGGCAUGCUUUUCCUUGCCCUUCCGUUAUCUGUCAUUCUUGCGAGUUACUGUUUGAUAUACCGAGAAGGGAAACGGGCUGGCCAUUUUAACAGCUCAAACAUCAAGGCCAGGAGAACGGUCCUGGUUCAUCUACUGCAGAUAAGCUUACACGUGAUACCCACCCUGAUAUUCAUCGGUUUAGGAAAGCAGUGCGGGGUGUUUUUCUUUGCUCUCAAUAUGGUGCUUUUUGCUAUCUUCGCUUUUGCGCAGUGUUUCAACCCUCUGGUCUACGGGCUCCGUGACAGAGACCUGCAGAGCAAACUGUACCCUUGGCUGCGGUUGGCUGGCUUAAAAAGCAGAGAUUCAGCUCUUCAGAGUGACUCCAGACUUAAUGGGCGUGUCAGCUAGGCCUAGGGGCGUUGAUUUGAUUCUGAAAAUACAGCAGACCUCUGUGCUGCACCUCAAUAAGAUCAGCU